GCGUAAUUCUACUGCUUGGACAUUGAAUCUACUUGGUCAGGGCUUUCACCGGCCGUGCGACUGGCUCCCGCUUGCGAUUGCGCUUCUUUUACCGCGGUUAUGGCCAUGAUUUCGCAAAGGCAGUGCGGCCUGCGGGUAGCUUCAAGCCUGAGCUCGCGGAGCUCACCCGCGGUGAUGCCUUGCCCGAUGCGUCGGCAGUCUUUGGGGCGGGCGAUGACCGGCGUGUGCCGAGCGCAGAAGGUUUCUGACUUGCCAGCAAGCUUAAAGAAGAUUGUGGGCGCCUUCCAAAUGGUGCCUGACCCGAUGGCACGCUACAAGCAGUUGCUGUUCUAUGCCACCAAGCUGGCGCCGAUGCCGGACGAGGACCACAUCCCCGCCAACAAGGUGGAGGGCUGCGUGUCGCAGGUGUGGGUGGUGCCGGAGAUGCGCGCCGACGGCCUGAUCUACUGGCGCGCGGACUCGGACUCGCAGCUGACCAAGGGCCUGGCUGCGCUGCUGGUCACGGGGCUGAGCGGCUGCACGCCCGCCGAGAUCCUGACGGUGCAGCCCGAGUUCAUUGAGAUGCUGGGACUGAAGCAGAGCCUCACGCCCAGCCGCAACAACGGCUUCCUCAACAUGUUCCGACUCAUGCAGCGGAAGACGCUGGAGCUGGUGGCAGCGUCGGGGGCGUCGGCUAGCGCCGCUGCCGCUGCCGCUGCGCCGGCUGGUGGGGAGUCUGUGCCGCAGGCCGCCACGGCCGCCGCCACGGCAGCAACCAGCAGCACCAACGGUGCCCACGCCAGCACGCCGGCCCCGGCGCCGGAGGCGCCCGCCGCCUCCGCCGCCUCCACCAGCCGGACACCGCUGCAGGACGGCAUGCGGCGAAAGCUGACGGAGGCGCUCAAGCCCAGCACGCUGACCAUCAUUGACGAGUCGGCGCAGCACGCGGGGCACGCCGCCAUGAUGGUGGCCAAGCCCGGCAAGGCGGGCGGCCCGGGGGAGACGCACUUCAAGGUGGAGGUGGUGUCGGAGGCGUUCGAGGGGCUGACGCAGGUCAAGCGGCAGCGCAUGGUCUACCAGCUCCUGGCAGACGAGUUCAACAUGGGCUUGCACGCGCUGGCGCUGGUCACCCGCACCCCCGCGGAGGCAUCCAAGUGAGAUAUGUUGCAGCAGGGUGGGAGGUAGAGGGCAGGCAGCGGGGAGGCAGCGGCGGGCAGUGUGGUUGCUGAGGUACGAGGGGGCAGGGCGCGUCAGACAUGCAUGGAGUGUUUGGACAAGCGUCAGGAGGUGGGGACAGGUGGGGUAGCGUGUGAUGCGGACGCGUGGGACUUGUGGACAGCUUGCAAGGCCUGUUCGCAAUGGUGGUUGCAGUGUUUGCGGCCCUUGCGGUUUGCCAUUGAGCUGCAUGAGCAAACACGUGUUCUUGUACGGGUGUGCUUGCGAAGCCGCUGCUCGGAGGAGCUGUGACUGGAGCUGUGGUGUGUUAUGGGCAAGGAGGCAUGGGUGGGGGUAAAUCUUAUGGAAGCUCGAUGUGGGCUUUGCGCCAGUACGGUAGUGAGUCGCUCGUCUUGGAUCGGCCCCACGGAUCGGCCCUGAUCGGCUGCCAUACGGCCGACCGCUUGUGAUGCCCGCGGCGUUGGGUUCGAGAUCGCUGCGCGCAAUUCAUGUGCUCAGCAGGAAUCUACUUUCCACUGCUUGCAUGAAGCGAUCAUUGCCAUGUAGAGGCCAAGCCGGAUUGCGUCAUCGCGGGCCAGCGCAGUGUGCUGCGCGAGCGGGGCCAUCAGAGGAAUCAAUGAAUACCAGCUGUAUAAUA